AUGCUGCUGGACUCCAACUAUACAUACACUGUCUAUGAUGAUGAAAUACCAUCGGCAGUUGAACGGCUUCCCUGUGAGCUAUGGGCUGCAAUAUUCUCCUAUUUUCACCCUGUGGACGAUAAGUUACCGCGAUUGGCACUAGUGUGUAGAAAAUGGCGAUUGGUGCUGUAUAAAUCGUCUGAACUGUGGCGGCACCUCAAUAUCAUUCAUACCAACUACAGCUCGCUCCAAUACCGGCUUAUAAACCACAUAUUUAACGUAUACGGAUACCAUAUUGAGCAUCUGGUAUGGUCAAAUGGGUCGCGGGUUUAUGAGUCGUCGCUCCAUGCUAUUUCUAAUUUGUCCAAUCUCAAAGUUAUUCGUUUGCCGAUUUUAUGGAAUAAAUCCGUGAUUGAAUGCCUGGCACCACUGAAACGUCUUAAGGUCAUUUACAUAAAUGGUGGAUUUGAGCUGCAGGACUCAGAUCUCCUUCUAAUACUUGCAUAUUUUCGUGAUGUGCGCCGUAUUACUUUACACGGUUGCUGGGGACUCACCAGCCAAGGAGUAGAAACAUUUCUCAACCGACUCGACCCGACUACAGAGGUGAAGCUCAAACUGAACACCGGUCUACCACUCAGGGAUUAUCGCAGCGAUAGGGCGAUGCUAGAAGGCGGGGCCUUAGCGAGAUCUUUAGCGGAUUGUGAUAAAGAUAAUUUCAUCACUGUUAUAUCUUUUCACUUCGUCCCAAUUGAGCUGGAAACGUUGUGGAGCAUAGUCAACUCGCUGCCAAGGUUACGGAAAUUAUCAGUCAGCAAUUGCGAGGGCUUGUACGGUAUUCGACUAAGAUCUGAAUCCCUUCAGAAAGUUUAUUUGCUGCACCUAUGGUCGGCUUUGUUUGUCAGUAUCCAUGCACCAAACUUGCGCUCUCUGAAGAUAGACGAGGGGCUAGAAUCCAUGGAACACCUAGAAAUAGAAUCUAAGAAACUACGUGACGUGUAUAUUGACGGAAGCGGCAUUCUUCGUACAGUACACAUCAAAAGCAAUAAGUUGAAAAAUAUGGAGAUUUUCAACUGCCCCCUUUUAGAUUCACGAAGUCUGGUCCAAAGUUUGUCAGAGUGUCCGACGCUAUGCACUCUUCGUAUUGGUGAUGUUGGAGUCGAUGAUAUGUCGUUGGAUGAAUCAUUCUGUUCCGGGCUCCAGACAAUGUGCUUGCUAGAAGAUUACUCCAGUAAAACUCUGCGAGUGCGAUGCCGGGGUCUGCGAGCUAUGACGACUCAAGACGAAUGCGAAAUCCAAACUUUAAACGAUGUUCUCAUUAUGGCUGAGAAAUUAAAGAAGAUUUCAUUAGUUGGUGUCCCUAAUCUCAGGAAUUUGAUAAUACAAUGCGAAUCAUUGGAUAAAGUUGAACUGAACGUGUGUAGUGACAACCAAGUGUGCCUUGAGACAUGUAUUAUCCAAGCAAUCCACCACGUGGGUUUUCUUCGUUUCUUCGACUGCGUUGUUAGGACUCUCAUUCUUAGCACGCCCUCAGCCGGUGUGGUCGUCCUGUACCGCUGCCAAAUUGGCGAUUACGUGCUAGAGAUGGCGUUGAAUGGCUGCCCCAACAUAACACACCUCAAUUUAGAGAGAUGUUCGACUUUAACGAAGAUACGCAUUCCUAUGGCAGCUACGUUAAUGCGAUACAUAAAUUUGUUUGGCUGCCACAAUAUGUUACGUGUUGAAAUCGAUUGUCACGAAUUAUUAGCAAUCAAUCUCGGUGACUGCCCAAGUGUUAGACUUUAUCUCAACGACGUCGAACGAAAUCUUGCCAUAUCAUCACUGAAUGCACUCGAAUUUCCCCACAUUGUGCUCCCAGACCAAAUGGUGCGAUGGAACCAUCAACUUACACCACAACUUUGUUCUUAA